GAGAAGUUUGAGUAAGAGAUAAGGGCGAGGCGAGUGCCCGAGCCGCCAGCGCCCAGUCCGGCACCGCCGCGCCGCCGCACCGCACCGUUCCCGCACCGGUCCCGCACCUCACCGCACCGCACCGCACCGCGCGGCCGGACCCCGCCGCGCCCCACACCGCGCCGCGCCUCACCGCGCGACCCCGUCUCUCUCCGCAGCCCCGACAGUAUCUCUCACGCCGGUGGUGUUUUGUUUUGCUUUUUUUAAUAUAUUUUUUUCAUUUCGAGUUUCUUUUUUUUUUUCUUUUGUUAUUACUACUUCUACUUUUUUAUUUUUACUUUUAUUUUUAGCGACAGCUCUCAAACCUACUUUGGGGUCUUAAAACGAAACGGUACACCAUUUCACUGUGGACAUUACACCCUCUUACAGAUAUGGGAGACAUGGGAGACCCACCAAAAAAAAAACGCCUGAUUUCCCUAUGUGUUGGUUGCGGCAAUCAGAUUCACGAUCAGUAUAUUCUGAGGGUUUCUCCGGAUUUGGAAUGGCAUGCGGCGUGUUUGAAGUGUGCAGAGUGUAAUCAAUAUUUGGACGAGACCUGUACGUGCUUUGUUAGGGAUGGCAAAACCUACUGUAAAAGAGAUUAUAUCAGGUUAUACGGCAUCAAGUGCGCCAAGUGCAGCAUCGGCUUCAGCAAGAAUGACUUCGUGAUGCGUGCCCGCGCCAAGGUGUACCACAUCGAGUGUUUCCGCUGCGUGGCCUGCAGCCGCCAGCUCAUCCCCGGCGAUGAAUUCGCGCUGCGGGAGGACGGCCUCUUCUGCCGGGCGGAUCACGACGUGGUGGAGCGGGCCAGCCUGGGCGCCGGGGACCCGCUAAGCCCCCUGCACCCCGCCCGGCCGCUGCAGAUGGCAGCAGAACCUAUCUCUGCCAGACAGCCAGCUCUGCGACCCCACGUCCACAAGCAGCCCGAGAAGACCACCCGAGUCCGGACUGUCCUUAAUGAAAAACAGCUUCACACUUUGAGGACCUGCUACGCUGCCAACCCCAGACCUGACGCCCUCAUGAAAGAGCAACUGGUAGAAAUGACUGGCCUCAGCCCGAGGGUCAUCAGGGUUUGGUUUCAAAACAAGCGUUGCAAGGACAAAAAAAGGAGCAUUAUGAUGAAGCAACUUCAGCAGCAGCAACCCAAUGACAAAACUAAUAUCCAAGGGAUGACAGGAACUCCGAUGGUGGCUGCUAGUCCGGAGAGACACGACGGUGGUUUGCAGGCGAACCCGGUGGAGGUGCAGAGUUACCAGCCGCCCUGGAAAGUACUGAGUGACUUCGCAUUGCAGAGUGACAUAGACCAACCUGCUUUUCAGCAACUAGUUAAUUUUUCAGAAGGAGGACCCGGUUCCAAUUCUACUGGAAGUGAAGUAGCGUCCAUGUCCUCUCAGCUGCCAGAUACGCCUAACAGCAUGGUAGCCAGUCCUAUUGAGGCAUGAGGAACAUUCAUGCAGAUUUCUGUUGUUGUUUCUGCCCUUACCCUCAGCCCUGUUGGAGAAAGUGGGGAAAUGAUCGCGUUGGGACUCCAAAAUUUAGGGGGAUAAAGUAUUUAACAAACCUGUAAUGAACCUAGCAAAGAACCACUCCAUGAAAUGAACGGAGUCAUGUUUGAAAAGACAAGGUAAUAUGGUAGCAACACUGUGAAGACAAUCAUGGGAUCUUACUAGAAUAAAUACUUAAAAAAAAAAAAAACAAAACAAAAAAAACAAACAAACAACAACAAACCGGCGCUAUUCAAUGAUCAGAGGCGGAUCAAAAAGACAUUUGCAAAACGUAAAGGAUUUGUACCCAUGGAUCUCAAAAAAAAAAAAAAAGUGAAAAAAAUAUUUUCAUUUGACUGCACAUCUUAGGGAGAAACCAAGGUAGAGGGACUUUCUAUCUAGUCCCUCCCAAUCCGAAUGGUGCUGUUUCUAUAUCGGUGAUUGCCUUGCCAAAAGGAGCUCCAAUAGGUUUUCCAUCAUCAGGAAAGAGACGAUUUAGCCCUGCAUUGUUGAAAGAUUCAUUGCAGGAAGGUGGAGCUGCAUUGGUUUGCAAUGUUGUUUUUAGUUGACUCUUAACAAGGGGUUGUUUCCUGGGUCUCUUCUAGCAUGUACUGUAGUGGGGAUUUUUUUUGUUUGGUUGAGAUCCACCCUCUAUCAAGUCUGAAGGGAUUAAAAAUAGGUUUUUUAAUUCCUCUUUAAAAACCAAUUUAUAAAAGCAUUGCAACAAGGUAUACCUCUAUUUUGCCACAAAGCGUCUCGGGAUUGUGUUUGAAAUGUGUCCGUCCAAGAACCUUCCCCUCCCCCAAAGAUGUGUAUAGUCAUUGGUUAAAACGACUGUUUUUCUCUCUUUCUCUUUCUCUUUCUCUUUCUCUUUCUCUUUCUCUUUCUCUUUCUCUUUCUCUUUCUCUUUCUCUUUCUCUUUCUCUUUCUCUUUCUCUUUCUCUUUCUCUUUCUUUUUCUCUUUAUCUCAAAAUAAAGGGAAAAAAGAUAAAAAAAGUAAAAGCAAAAAGAAAAAAAAAACACCCUUUCUGUUUGCUCUUGCAUUGCAAAAUUAUAAAGUAAUUUAUUAUUUAUUAUCGGAAGACUUGCCACUUUUCAUGUCAUUUGACUAUUUUUUGUUUGCUGACGUAAAAGAAAAAAAAGAAAAAAAAAAGAAAAAAAAAAAAAAGAAAAAAAGAAAAGGUUGUACCGUGGUCUUUGAAUUAUAUGUCUAACUCUAUGUGGUUUUUGUCUUUUUUUUUUUUCUUAAAUAUUAUGUGAAAUAAAAGCGCCAUAUGUAGAAUUAUUAUAUCUUCAGGACUAUUUCACUAAAUAAGCGUUUGGAAUAGAGAAAAUAAUAAUAAUAUUAAUAUUAAAAAUGAACAAAGUUCCCUCUUUUAAAUAUUUACAAGUUAGCAGCUAAAAUACCUGAAAUAAAAUAUUGCAUGCAAAGCAGGUCGUUAGUGAAUAAAAGGAGUGUGAUAUUUUAUUGCAAGUAUUAACGACCAGCUUGUAAAUUUCCGUUUCAACUUCAGGGCUAGUUGGAUGCCUUAGCUUUCAACCGAUAACGUUAGAAACUCUCUUGUUCCAGCCCCCCAUCCCUUGCCCUUAAAAGUGGUAUUACUCUAGGCAUGAUCUGACGUAACGUUAAGACAUCUAAAGAACUGGGAACUCAGGCUUUUUGCUGAGUUCUAUUAUUUUUAAAAAAUAAUAAAAAGAAAGUGCUGUAUACCAAAGCCUCGUUGUUGAGAUUGUUGAAGUGACCUGUACUUUAAGUAUAAGCUCCUGAUAAAAGGGACGCUUUUUGCUUAACAAGUCAAGUAUGACCAUUAUUUAUCAGUGUCUGCUGUCAAAACGAUUGAAAAAUGCUGCAGGAGGAAUAUAUUUAGGGGAUAUUGCUGUGAAAUUGCACGAAUAGUGUUCCUUAUUUUCUGUCGACUUCCCUCUCUUCACUCCCUCUUUUCUUCCUUUUUUAAUUUGCGGGGGGAGAGGGUCGUGAAAGCUAGAAACGUGGGCGAUUUCUCGGGGAAAAGUAGAAAGAAGAAGAAAAAAACCAACAUAGGAAAAGGGUUGUUUUUGCUCCAGUCCAAGUGCUUUCUAGUGCUCCUGGACAGCACAAGACAAAGGCUCGCUUUAAAAAAACCCUGAACAACUGGAAUAUACAGAGUUUUUUAGUCUGACAAAGACAAGUUGGUUUGCAUGACAGUUACUCCGAACCCUAAUGUUUUCUUAACAUAACCUUCUUUUUCCUCCCUCCUCACCAUCUCAGCCCACCCUGAGCAAGCUCAGCUAUAGAGACAAACCAUUUCGACAGUACUGAGAACAUUAAAAAAAAAAAAAAGGUUAAAAGUCUAAUACAAGGAUUUCAAUCAUCCUGAUUAGAAACUGGAUUCAUUUUGUAUGCUCAAGUGUAAUACAUUUUUGAGUACUUGAUAAAUAUUUAAAUAAAUAUUAAAUCUACCUUAA